CUGCUCACUUGUUUAAUGGCAGCCUCCAACACUUAUCACGCUGAAUUUCAUUGUACGCGGGAUAGACAACGAUGGGUGUACUGGAUGUGCCAACGAAGCAACCGGCUCGGCUGUUGCUCAGCACCUACACCUCCUCGGAAAUUCUCUCUUUGAGUGUAAAGGAGAUUACGAAUCCAGAGACGUUUGAUAGUCUGGGACAUUCUACUAAUGGUGGACUAUAUGACCCACAUUUAGGUCCGACUGAUAGGAAUGAUGUGUGUGCAACAUGCAUGCUCAACCAGCAACACUGUCCUGGUCACAUGGGUCAUUUUAACUUAUCAUUACCAGUCUUCAAUCCGUUCUACUUUAGGAAUUUGCUCCAGAUUCUGAAGGCGAGCUGCUUCAGCUGCCACCGGCUGCGCGCCCCGUCAUUGCAGAGCCACCUGGCGGUGACUCAGCUCGCGCUGUUUGACCACGGCCUCGUGGAGGCGGAGAGCCGGAUGCGCGAGGUGCUGCAGGCCGUCGUCGACGAGAGCGCGGGCGCGUUCAACUGUGAGGAGCUCGUCAGGGAGGCGCUCGACGCCGCCGCCGCAAAGAUGCUGCAAGAGAGCAAAUGCAAAAUAGAAAAGGAACGCACACCUAGUAAAAAUCUGAUAGAGUUAAGACGUCUCCUCGUAAAAGAUUUUCUCAAAAAUCUCAUGUCAUCAACAAAAAAGUGUCCACACUGUCACAUGCCUGGUAGAGCAUUAAGACAGGAAUACAACACCAAGAUCAUGUUUACGAAAGGUAUCAGCAACAGAGCAGCUAACAAAGCUUUACAAAUGGCAAGAGAGCUUAAAGAUAAAAGGAUUACAGAAGAGGUGCCAGAAGGUGUAGAGUUUGGUGAAGGACAGCAUGACAAGAUCAAUGAUGAGAAACAAACCAAAGAGAGCAAGAUCUCAGAACUCAUGGGGCAAUCGUACCUGACGCCGGUGGAUGCCCGUAAGCACCUGCGAGAGGUGUGGAAGAAUAGCGGCCAACUUCUGGGCAAGCUGUUUCCAUCUCUUGAAGCCGGCGCAUCGCCCGAUAACCUUUGUCCUCUUGACUUUUUCUUCCUUGAUGUCAUUGCGGUGCCCCCCUCCAAGUUCAGGCCAUUAAAUGUGUUGGGUGACAGGAAGUUUGAAAAUUCGCAAUCACUCAACCUGCAGAGCAUCAUGAAUGAGAAUCUGAUAUUACACCAUCUCCUCACCAUGAUGCAGAGCAAAGAUAAAUCUGUUCAGAGUAGUAUUACGGCGAUUAGUCAAGUGCAGGGCGACACGGUCAUGGAAAAACUUCAGAAUACGUGGCAGCGCAUGCAGACCUGUGUGAAUGUGAUGUUCGACAGUGACCUCAACAAAGCAGCAUUCAUUAAGGACAAGACUAUAGGAGUGAAACAGCUGCUAGAGAAGAAGCAGGGUCUGUUCAGGAAGCACAUGAUGGGCAAGCGCGUGAACUACGCGUGUCGCUCCGUCAUCUCGCCCGACCCGUACAUCGACACGGACGAGAUCGGCGUGCCGGAGGUGUUCGCGAAGAAGCUGACCUAUCCGACGGCGGUCACGCCGUGGAACGUCCACGAGCUGCGGCAGAUGGUCAAGAACGGACCAGACGUGCACCCGGGUGCUGCUUUUGUCAUUAACGAGAAUGGAUCGAAAACUCUGCUGGGUAGCAUGACGAGAUCAGAGAGAGAGGCAAUAGCCAAACAGCUUCUCACACCAGAUAAUGUUAUGAACAAGAUGAUGGGGGUGAAACAGGUUUACAGACAUCUCAAGAAUGGUGAUGUGAUGCUGUUAAAUCGACAGCCGACUCUACACAGACCAAGCAUCAUGGCUCACAAGGCACGUGUGCUUCGCGGAGAAAAGACCAUUCGGCUGCACUACGCAAACUGCAAGGCCUACAACGCAGAUUUCGACGGUGACGAGAUGAAUGCGCAUUUCCCACAGAGCGAGUGCGGACGGGCAGAGGCCUACAAUCUUGCUCUUAGUACACAGCAGUACCUCGUGCCAAAAGAUGGCACGCCACUGAGUGGUCUCAUUCAGGACCACAUGGUGUCUGGUGUUAUGAUGAUGAUACGUGGCCGGUUCUUCAAUAGAGCGGAUUACCACAACCUUGUGUUCUCGUGUCUGUCUGACCACCGGAAGCGUGUGACAUUACUUCAACCUUCAAUCGUAAAACCUGCUCAACUCUGGUCUGGAAAACAGGUCAUAUCGACAGUGAUUUGCAACAUCAUUCCUCAUGGAAAAGUCCCUCUAAUGCUUACCGGAAAAGCGAAGAUAUCAAGCAAGAACUGGCAACAGGUGCCAGCACGGCGUUGGAUAGCCGGUGGAACGCCUCUGCAGGGCGACAACAUGACAGAGAGUCAGGUAGUCGUCAGACAUGGAGAGCUGCUGGUGGGAGUACUGGACAAGGGUCACUAUGGAGCGACGCCCUAUGGUCUUGUGCACUGUUGCUACGAGCUGUAUGGUGGAGCAAUCUCUGGCAAGCUACUGACCAGUCUAGCGAGACUGUUUACUGCAUUCCUGCAGCUGCGUGGGUUCACACUGGGUGUGGAGGACAUCAUCGUGACACCAGAUGGCGACAGCAAGCGUGCAGUAAUCAUGGCCGCCGCGAGGAAUGCGGGUUCAGAGGUCGCCGCUAAGGCACUUGGUGUCAGCAAUUACACAGAUGAGAACGAGAUUUCACAGCGGUAUCGUGCCAGCCACUACAGCCAGGAUGAUGGUGAUCUCAAGGAGCUGGACUUGUGUAUGAAAGCAAAAACAGAUGAGACGAAUAACGAGAUCAACAAGGCCUGCUUUCCACACGGCAUGCUGAAGACGUUCCCUAACAACAACUUGCAGCUGAUGGUGCAGUCCGGUGCCAAAGGCUCAAUGGUGAACUGCAUGCAGAUCUCGUGCCUCCUCGGACAGAUCGAGCUCGAGGGCCGGCGUCCGCCGCUGAUGAUCAGUGGAGCGCAGCUGCCGUCGUUCGCGCCGUACGACACGACGCCGCGCGCCGGCGGCUUCAUCGACGGACGCUUCCUCACCGGCAUACGCCCGCAGGAGUUCUUCUUCCACUGCAUGGCCGGCCGUGAGGGUCUUAUAGAUACAGCCGUGAAGACAAGUCGUAGUGGUUACCUGCAGCGCUGUAUAAUCAAGCAUCUAGAGGGCAUCAUAGUCAACUACGAUAUGACUGUGAGAGACAGUGACGGUAGCGUCAUUCAGUUUCUAUAUGGUGAGGAUGGUCUUGAUAUUGGGAAGACACAGUUUCUGAACAAGGGACAGUUCAGAUUCCUCAUUGAUAAUUACGAUGCGGUGAUUGAUAAACGUCCCAUUGAAGACAUACAGAAGGUGAUGGACACCGCGACAGCACCGAAGCUGCAAAAAAGCAUAUCGAAGUGGAAGAGGAAGCGUGGUUCCUCACAUAAACAGAGGUGCUCGGCUUUCCUGAAGUACGGUCAGAAACACCUUCCCGAGCUCCGAGAGCAGUUUGGGGAGGUGGCCGGUGCCAAGAGAGGCAUGGCUUUCACCGCCCUCGUGAACUCCUGGAGGGAGUUGGAUGACGAUAAGAGAAGGAAGUAUGAAAAGCACAUAUCUGGUUGCCCCGAUCCCGUCAGCUCGCAGCUAUCUGCAUGUCGGUACUUUGGCGCCAUCUCUGAGAGAAUGUCUGACGUCGUCGAUGACUACCUGAGCCAGAAUCCCGAUAACCUCAUUAGUAAAGAAGCUGAUCACCAGAGGGGGCGUGUGAGCCAGGAUGAGUUUCGGACAUUGAUGUAUUAUGAGAACAUGAAGGCGAUGUGUGAACCAGCAGAGGCAGUCGGCUUGCUAGCCGCUCAGUCGAUCGGCGAACCUUCGACCCAGAUGACCUUGAACACGUUUCACUUUGCCGGGCGUGGAGAGAUGAACGUCACGCUGGGUAUACCGCGUCUGCGCGAGAUUCUGAUGGUCGCCAGUGCCAGCAUCAAGACUCCGACGAUGGAAGUGCCAUUCCUCGAUCACGUGUCAGCCCGGCAGAUGAAGACUCUGCAGCUGAAGCUAACACGCGCCUACCUGUCGACGGUUGUGGAAGAAGUUAGAAUUUGUGAGAAGAUGUCAAUUGAAGAUGGUGGAUGGCAGAAGUUCCGGAUAUACAAGCUGUUCUUCCAGUUCCUGCCGUACUCACGCUACAAAGACAAGUGUGCGCUGCGACCAAGCAACGUGCUGCAUUUCAUGCAGACGAAAUUCAUCAAGAAUCUUCUCUCCGUCAUCCAGAAAAAGAUGAAGAGCAGCACAAAAGCAGCUGCACAGCAACUGCACGUGGCGUCGUUCAAACCCGCAGUGUCCCGGCGAGCGAGCAAUGAGGACGACGAUGAUGAGUCGCCACCAGGUGGCGAUGCUGGAGGCGGGGGUGAUGCAGAGGGGGCGCCACCGGAUGUCGGCGGUAAUGACAGCGAAGACUCGGGGGAUGAAGCGAACGAUGGGGACGCGGGUGCGGAGAAGGAGCGUGAGCGAGCGGGUGACGACGGGGAAUACCGAGGCGAGGAGGAGGAGAUGGAGGAGAUGAACAUGACGGAGGAAGAGGAUGAUGAAGAAGAGGAAGAACAAGAUGAUGAGGCUGAAGAUUCUAUCAGUGUAGACAAUGUAUCAGAUGAGGAGGGUCAAACUCUACAGUCUUUAAGAAAAAAGAAAAAACUGAAGAGUAUCAGUAAAACACCACCAAAAAUGGACGCUGCCAUAGUAAAUGCCGUGAUCAAUGUGGCUCGAGAGGUCUCUGGCUACGCAUACGAUACUGUCAAUGAGGAGUGGUGUGAGGUUACUCUGCAGUAUCCGCUCGAGGCGAAGAUCGACAUGACGUCACUGCUUGAGCAGGAGGUGCGGCGCACGAUCCUGCAUCAGACGCCGGCAAUCUCGCGCGGAUUCAUCAGUGACGGCAUGGGAGCGUUCGCAGGCCGCAAGCUGCUGAAGACCGAGGGCGUCAACAUGGCCGCAUUGUGGAAGUAUGGUCACCUGCUGGACUUGAAGCAUCUGUACAGCAAUGACAUUCACGCUGUGGCGGGUGCAUACGGGAUCGAGGCCGCAGCCAAAGUCAUCACCACC